UUUGGGGGUAAAAUAUGUUGAUUUUGGGGUAAAAUCCAUCAAUUUGGGGCAAAAGAUGCCAAUUUUGGAGUAGAAUUCUGUGACACAGGGCAAGAUGUCAAUUUUGGGUCAAAAUAUGUUGAUUUUGGGGCAAAAUAUGUUGAUUUUGAGGUAAUAUCCAAUUUUGGGUCCAAAUCCUUAAAUUUUAAGUCAAACCCCUCCAGUUUUGGGUCAAAAUCCUUCAAUUCCGGGUCAACCCCCUUCAAUCUGGGGGGAAACUUUUUCUGUUUUGGACCAAAACCCUUCAAUUUUGGGUCAAAACCCUUCAAUUUUGGGUCAGAAUCCCCCAAACUGGGUCCCCAACCCCCCCGGACCCCCCAGGACGUCACUCACCGCACAGCAGCUUUUCCAGGAAGAAAACCGGGACAAACCCAGGAGGGUCCAGAGGUUCCCCCUCCCCCACCCCCGGCACGCGGAGGGGGCACCUGAGGGGGCCGCACCUGCUUCGGGGGGGCAGGAUACACCUUCUCACCUGUGACGUCACCUGUUCUGGACAUACAUUCUCACCUGUGCAGGCCACACCUGUGCCCACCUCAGCCCCUGCUGGGACCUCACCUGUGCCCAGGUGUGCACUCCCAACAUGAGGCUCCUUUACCUGCAGAGCCACCUGGGGCUGCUCCUCUACCUGUCCCUGAGCGGUCCCGCCCUGGCCCCACCCUCACCUGUCCCGCUGCGCCUGGCGGGCGGACCCGGGCGCUGCGCGGGGCGCGUGGAGGUGCUUUACCUGCACAGGUGGGGGACGCUCUGCGGCCACACCUGGGGCCUGGCCGAGGCUCAGGUGGUCUGUCGCCAGGUGGGCUGUGGCCCCGCCCUGUCGGCGCCAGGCGGGGCCCACUUCGGGCGGGGGGAGGGGCCAGUGUGGCUGGACCGGGUCACCUGCACGGGCACUGAGGGCCACCUGGGUGAGUGCCAGGUGGGGCCCUGGGGAGAGGCCAGCUGUGAGCACGGCGCUGACGUGGGCGUGGUGUGUGCAGGUGUGGAGGUGGAGUCGCAGCUCCAGGUGCGCCUGGCCAACGGCUCCAGCGCCUGCGCGGGGCGGGUGGAGCUGUUCCGCGAGCACAAGUGGGGAACCGUCUGCGACGACACCUGGGACCUGCAGGACGCGCAGGUGAUCUGCCGCCAGCUGGGCUGCGGCCACGCCCUCGCCGCGCCCGGCCACGCCCACUUCGGCCGGGGGGCGGAUCCCAUCUGGCUGGACGGCGCCCACUGCACAGGUAGGGAGCAGGAGCUGGCGCAGUGCCAGCUGCACACCUGGGGCGAGCACGACUGCAACCACGGCGAGGACGCGGGCGUGGUGUGCACAGGUGAGCUGUAA